CCUUUCCUGUUUGGCUGCUCCGGUUGCGGGGCUCCCAGAGCAGCUGGGCAGGAACACGCAGCAGUGGGGACAGCCCCACCGGGAACAGCAGUGGUUCGGGGACAGCGCUGCGCUGAGGUUUGACGUCUCCCAUCCCUGUGGGACCCGAGGAUGCUCCCCUUGCUGCGCUGUUCCUGGCUGUGCCUCGGGGCUCUGCUGGCUGCCCCCCAUGACGGGACCCAGCAGCUGCUGAUGGACAUGAGCCGCGACGCCUUCGACGAUCAGUACGAGGGAUGCGCCGAGGAGAUGGAGGCGGCGGGGCCGGCGCUGCUGGAGCGGGAGAGGGGACGGGGCGAGUCCCGGCUGUUCCGCAGGGUUUGGGGCCGGGCUGCGGAGCGCUGGCAGCGGGUGAAGGAUGCGCUGUCCCCCCUCCUGCCCCCCGGCUUCAAGGACGAGCACGGCCAAGCGGUGAUCGCCUACACCGACAACGACCUGCACCGCGUCUUCAACGCCGCCGUGCGGGCUGCCGGCCGCUCGUGGGCAGCCUACAACGCCAGCUUCCCCUUCAAGGCGAUGCAUUUCUACCUGACCAGAGCCCUGCAGUUGCUGCGGGUUCCCUGCGAGGCCGCCUACGGCACCGCCGUGUAUCGGGGUAUGGCGAGCGCCCGGUACCAGCUGCGCGGUACCAGCCCGUUCAGGUUCGGCUCCUUCGCCUCCUGCUCGUUCAGCAGGGAGCGAGCAGAGAGCUUCGGGCAGGACUCGUUCCUCAGCAUCCGCAGCUGCUUCGGGGUCCCCAUCCACGCCUUCUCUCUAUACACGGAGGAGGAGGAGGUGCUGAUCCCCGGCCAUGAGAUCUUCUGGGUCUUCCCCGACGGCGCCACUCACCGCUUCGUGCUGCGGAGCACCAACAGGACCUGCAGCCACUUCAACUGCGCCUUCCUGGGCCGUGAGUGGGGGCACAGCCAUCCCGAUGGCCGCUGCUGUGGCCUUCUGCUGCCCCCAACCCAUCCGACAGCACAACCCUUCUCCUUCCCGCAGAUGAGAAGAGCCCCGAGUGCAGGAGCAGCACAGCCACCCCCAGGCACGGAGAUGAGCUGUGAGGGGCAGAGCAACGUGAGCAGAGAGCUGCACAUGCAGGAGGGAUGCGUCAGCACGGCCUGCACCAGGGCAGAGCUGCUCGGGUCCCAUCUUCAGCGCUUCUUCAGCUCGUGGACUCAGCCCUGAAUCCCCUGUGGGUGGCUCUGCAGCCAUGGGGGGCCCAACGUGGGGCAGCAGCACAGCCCACAGCCCCUCACCAGCACACGGCCCGGGGUCUGCGGGGCUCUGGGCUCCAGGAUGGGGUCGGUGCUGGGGUGUGCUGAGGGUCUGGAGGGGGAAUGGGGAGCUCGGCAUGGAGAGCUGCAGGGAUUGAGGGGGAGAGCCCAGCGGGCACAGGAGCCGUGCAGAGGCAGCACUGCAGGGAACAGCCUUCUCCAGAAUGCAUUAAAAGCCCAAUUCUUGCUCCCAAAACGCUGUCUGAGCUGUUUGUGCUGAGGGGUCCAGAAGCCCACGUGGUGCCCACCAAAGGGCCACCGCUCCAACACGGGCAGCACAGCCGGACCCGUCCUCAGCUGCA